AUGUUGACCAAGGUAGUCAGGUAUUAUCGGGAGCCUUCCGAUGGCUUUUCAGCGUAUAGCUCUGAUCCCUUACACGACGAGUUGCCUAAUGAGACCCGUCCGGGGGACGCCCGGACGGAAGAUAUUCAACCUUCGCUCAAUAUUGCCUCAUAUGAUCCUGUCCGGGCGAACUCAAAUGCCAGAAGGUCGCUUGUUAACGAGGUCACUAUCGAAAGUCUGCUGUCCCCCGCGCAGUCAGGUAGUAUAAGCGAUAUCGGUGAGAACAGGCUGCGACAAGAUGAUCCAGUACAAGUGCGGCAGUUGGUAGACAGUCCUAGUUCAUAUGCGCUGCCGUUCUCUUUAGGACUGGCUGCGUCUCGGAAUGCGUCACGGUUGCCGGAGCCCUCAAUGCCAAUAACAAGCGAGGAAAGUGCCCAUUUGUUCUCGUUAUAUCUCUAUGAGACUGGGACUUGGUGUGAGACCACUGAUUCGGAGAGGCAUUUCACACUGAGCAGUGUCCACCAGAUGCUGGCUUCGAAAUCGUUCCUUGCAUCGGCCAUCGCAUUGGCAUCGCGACAGCGAGAUGCCGUCCAGGACCAGCAAAGAUCAUUGACACUCGAGCUAUAUCAAUAUACAAUUCAACUCUUGCUCCGUCAGGAUCCGGAUGAAGCAAGCGUAGCCGUGUUGGCGACUUGCACUCUUCUUUGCGUCUACGAGAUGAUGGCGUCAUGUGUGUGGGAGUGGCGGCGUCACCUGAAGGGCUGCGCCAGUCUCUUGCAUUCUCGAAAAUGGAACGGUUCAUGUAGCGGCAUUGUAAAGUCCUGCUUUUGGGCCUUCGCUCGAAUCGACGUCUGGGCUGCCUUCAUUAGCUGCAAGCGGCUUCUCAUUCCUACUGACUCGUGGGUCGAUAAUAGCUCCAUUCCGUUGGUAGCAGCCAAUGGCACGCUUGACGAUUAUUGCAACUUGGCAAUUCUGGUCUUUGCACGGAUCGUGAAUCUCCGAGCGGACGCCCAGCUUUGCCAUAGGGAUAGCGAUUCUGUGUACUACUCUUCCGUCAAAAACCUCUGGGACGAACUUCAAGAGUGGUGGCGCCUGCGUCCCAAAGAAGUUUGUCCCCUACUCAGGGAGACGCCGAUGGGCACGAAUCCUUUUCCAGCUGUGAUAUUUUCCCGGUCAUCUUCCAUUUGUGGUAAUACCUUUUAUCAUGCUGGCUCUAUCUUACUCCUUCAAUCUGGCUGCCUCAGGAGAAGAGUCGAGACUCCCGACUCUAUAAUGAGUCCUGUCUGGCAUGCUCGUGAACUUGGCGGGAUUUCUGUUUCGAAUAUUUCACAGUAUGUACCUCGCUGUUGCAGUUUGCGGAAAGAGCUGACCAGGUCCGCGGAAUACAGUCCUAACUGGGUUAAUCAAUUACAACCUCUUUAUAUUGCUGGCACGGCGUUUUCAGAAAAUCACGUCAGCUUUUUCCAAAACACAACCGGACGUGACCAGUCCACGCGGGUUAGCUCUCGCCUAGAGGUCCCUUGGGGCCGCCCGGUUCCUCCAGUGGCCGCAGAUAUAAGCGAAAAGUAUGCCUCCGAGAAGAUCGCGCUUUUAAAGCAACUGGCAAGAAUUGAGUCUGAGACAGGCUGGAAAACCUCAGACCGGGCCUCGGAGUUGCGGAACCUCUGGGGAUUUCGGUAG